AAAAAUAUGAAACAUUUAUUGAACACCGAAGCAACGCCACGGUGAAGGCUUCUCUCUCCCUCUCUUUUUAUCUGUUAUUCACUCCAAUCUCCAUUCCCAAAAUUCUCGCCCAGAAACCAUUUCCGAGAUAUUCGGCUCCGUUUCUAACUCUCACCUGGCUUCGCUCAUCGAUUAAUUUUGCUCAACUCCCUUCUAGGACUGAUGGCUAAGAGCUACUUCAAGCAAGAGAAUGAUCUUGAAAAAAGAAAAGCUGAGGCUGCAAGGAUUAGGGAGAAAUACACCGAUAGAAUUCCAGUUAUUGUGGAGAAGGCAGAGAAUAGUGACAUCCCCAGCAUUGAUAAGAAGAAGUACCUAGUUCCAGCGGACCUUACCGUGGGACAGUUUGUUUAUGUCAUCCGUAAAAGAAUCAAAUUGAGCCCAGAGAAAGCAAUAUUUAUAUUUGUGGACAACGUCCUCCCUCCUACAGGAGCAAUCAUGUCUGCAAUAUAUGAAGAGAAGAAGGACGAAGAUGGAUUUCUGUAUGUAAGUUACAGUGGAGAAAACACAUUUGGGUGGUAGAGACCUGAUUGCUCUCAUUCUUCUUCUGUUCUCUCUGCCUCUUCCAUUUCCUGCUUGUUCUUCCAGUUCAAGGAUUCUGGCAAGUGAUAUCAUGUACAGCUCUACAUAAUGAAUAAAAAUUUCUGCUUCAAAUAUUGGCUUUGUAA